AUGGCUUCAUCCGACGAGGACAAGAAGAUUGUGCUGUACCACUACUCCGCCUCGCCCUACGCGAAGCGGAUCGUGUGGUACCUAGCUCUCAGAGGCAUCCCCUAUGUCCAGUGUAUGCAACCACCAGUCCUCCCCCGCCCAGACGUAUCAAAACUAGGCCUCAACUACCGCCGCAUCCCCAUCCUCGCCAUCGGCCGCGACGUCUACCUCGACACGCGCCUCAUGCUCCGCAAGCUGGAACAACUCUACCCUUCACGGCCCCGCCUCGGCGCCACCACCCCCGAACACGCAGCCGUAGAACGCCUCCUCGAAGCCCUCAUCAUCGACUCGGUCUUCUCCAACGCAAUCAACGUCCUGCCCACGAACCUACCCAUGCUCAAGGACCCCAAACGCACCUGGUUCAAGGACCGCGAGGACUUUGUCGGCGGCAAGCUCUCCGCCGAGACGAUAGAGCGCGGACGGCCCAACGCCGUCAACGAGAUCCGCCGCACCGUGGCGCUCCUCGAGACGACGCUGCUCGCCGACGGGCGGGACUGGGUUUCCGGCACGGGGAGCCCUUCGCUGGCGGAUAUCGAGGCCGUGUGGCUGCCGCAUUGGUUAGCUUCUCUCCCUGGCGCGCUGCCGGCGGAGCACGUUUCCAAAGAGCAGUUUCCCAAAGUCUUUGCCUGGAUCGAGCGCUUCCAGAAGACGACCUCGGACGCUAGAAAGGCAGCUGGGAAGGUGGCGACGGUGUCGGGCGACGAGGCGGCGGAGAUCGUCGUCUCGUCGUCGUAUCACGAAUCAACUACGGGAGGAGUCGACGCCAAAGACUUGCUGGUGAUGGCGCAGGAUCUCAAGGCGGGCGACGAGGUGAUCGUCUGGCCCGCCGACACGGGCGCCUCGCACAAGGACACGGGGAAGCUCGUCGGCCUCGACGGGGAUGAGGUCGUCUUCGAGGUCACCGGGCCCAAGGGUACCUCUGUGAGGGUUCACGCGCCGAGGCAUGGGUUCCGGGUGGAGAAGCUGGAGAGGUAUAACGCGCGCACCGGGGCGGCCGCGAAGCUGUGA